ACAAAUAAGGGUAGAAAGAGAAGCAGUGGUCCAUGGGGAAGAAGAGCAGCUACAUAACAGAGUUCCCAAAGAUCAUCUUUUGCCUUAUCUUCCUCCCAAUCAAAUCUCUCUCUCUCUCUCUCUCCAGAUAUACCAAGCGAUUGAAUUUACCCAACCAAAUCGAUCACACCAUUCGCCGCUCUCUUCUUAUUCAGCCGUAAAGAAUGGCAGCUGAUCAGGGGAGGAAGCGGAUGAGCAGUGCCAAUGUUAUUGGUUUCAGUUCGAGGGAGCAUUACAGAGCCAAAAGGAAAAAGCUUGAUGGUGCUUUGCGUUCAGGAGGAGAUCACAUCAGUCUUGAAUGGGACAUCAACCGCAGCAAAGUAGUCUCUAAGAAGGAACAAGUUGGCUUAAGCUUGAGGCAUCUUCGUCAGUUUGUUGAUUAUGUUCCUCCUAGGCGGAGUCUCUUGGCACAAGUCUGCCCCGUCCCUCGUGAAACUUUCCAGCUGGAAAAUUUGUCCGAGGUGCUUUCUAGUGAGGUGUGGCGAGGUUGUCUGUCUGAUGGAGAAAGAAACUAUCUGCAGCAGUUCCUCCCUGAGGGUGUUGAUGUGGAGCAAGUUGUUCAGCAGUUGCUUGAUGGGGAGCAUUUUCAUUUUGGAAAUCCUUUUCUUGAUUGGGGGACAUCUGUCUGCUCCGGCAAAGCUCAUCCAGAUGAGAUUGUUUCUCAGGAGGAAUCUCUGAGGGCUAGUAAAAGGAGAUACUACGCGGAUCUAGAGAAAUACCAUAAUGAUAUUAUAGAUUAUUUGCAGAUGAUGAAGGAGAAAUGGGAAAGCUGCAAAGAUCCAGAGAAGGAUGCUGUUAAGAAGAUGUGGAGGAGAUCAAGAGAAGGCAAUAAUGCACGCGUAAACGGUAGCUGCCAGGACCUAACUGCUGCCUCGGAGUCUAGUUCCUGGAAUGAGGAUGAUAAGCCAUGCAAUAGUGAUAGGGCUGGAGAGGUUCGGAGAAGGCCCAAGAGCUCUGCUGUAGAGAAAGAAAAAUCUCAAAGUCCCUUGAUUGCUCAAGAGAAUGUUGUAAACGUGGGGGUGAAAGGUAGAAACAAGGAUAAGCUACCGAAACAUAGCAUUCAGCAAACUGAUGGUGCUAAAUACAUGUCCUACCUUAAGAUAAGCAAGAAGCAGUAUCAGAUUGUCACAAGCAUGAAGCAGUCUGGUAAAAGCAUUCAGUCGAAAGCACUUAAUAAAAUCUUGGGUAACAUCAACAAUUUGGAUGUUCAACCUUAUGGAGUGUUUGUGGAAGAAGAACAGAAGAAACUGAAUGCUCACUGGCUGCAACUGGUUAAAGAUCUUCCUGCAUCAUAUGCAAUAUGGAGAAAGCUACAGUUACAGAAACGAGAUGUAAUCAACUCUUUGGAAAGAGAACUGAGGGACAAACUCAAUCCAUGGAUGGAGGUUUGUUCAGAAAAACCUCUGCUGAAGCAUGAUUUAGCACCGGACGUUGAAGAUUCGGGAAGUUUGGGUCAAGUUUCUGCCAAGAAUCAAUCCCUUUCAAAGGAGUCAUCGUCUGACAGUGACCAAAUCACAGAUUCAGGCUGCUGCUUGCAACUUGGUGAACACCCCUCACAGGUUUCUUCACCAGAUCGUGACAAGAGCAUCAAUUUUGAAGCAAAUGAUUAUUCCAGCUCCAUGAAUGGCCAGUCUCUCCCACAGGCUCCAUUUCCUAGUGAGCCCCACGCUUCAGAUCUCGAAGAUGCAAACCCUGUAAGCAAAAACUAUGUGCCAGAAGAACUAGAGAAUGCUUCAUCAGACAAGAGGAUUCCUAGUAAUAGUUCAAGCCAUGGAGAUGAGUUGCAGUAUUGUUCUGGUGGUGGGGAUGUGUGGCAGCCAGUGGGAGGAACUAGGCAGUCCUACGUUGGCCGCCAAGCUUACACCUCCAGUGGCGGGUUGUCAAUAAUACACCACCCUGAAGGCGGUGAAGAAGAGAAAAACUAUUUCAUAGAACCUGUCAUGCCUGAAGAAGUUGAUAGAAGGAAGAUGUUGCAGCCGAGAGCAAACAACAGUUUUGGUUCUUUCCCUAGCAACGAUCAAAAUGAACUGCUCCAGUCUUUGUUUAAAAGUCAAGGCGGCGUGGCAUCUCACUCUCUUCUUAAAGCCCCACUUAACGAGGAGCAUAAACAGAUUAUGCCCAUUGGUUUUCAGCAGGAAGGAAGCAACAAUCUGAUGGAGGGAAGUCCAUUCUCUGCUCAGUUCCAGCAUCAGAUGACUGCACCACAAGCACUGUCUCAGGACCAGCCGAGACAGGGUGACAUCUAUGGCCAAGGAAGCUUGCCAGACAACAUUUACUGCGAUGGACGUGGGUUCUUGAUGCCGCGUCCGGACUGGAACGCCAGUGUUGCUCAGAUUGGAGUCACCACACAGCCACCGCUGAACACUGGCCCUUUGUUAAAUCAGAACUGGCAAUUUAAGAGCAUGUGGGCAAACACAAACGGUGUAAGCCAAAGCAGUCAUAACGGGAGCGAGAGAGAUCUGAACCUUCUCAGAGUUGCUACUAACCCUGAGCAGAUGAUUCAUAGGGGAAGUAGUUCAGAUCAAAGCUUAUUCUCUGUUUUCUCUCAGUGCAGUCAGUUGCGCCGUUCUAGAUCUGCUUUGGAGCCCGAAAGUUCGAGUGGUCAAGUGGUUGCAUCCGGUAACUACGAGAUGCUCAUGGCGGGAGGCACAACUCAGGCAGGCAGCAGUUUAGCUCAGCCUACGAAUCCGCUUGAUUACUUAAGCGGUAGCAACAACCCGGCGGCAACGUCUUUGAUGCCAGAUGAUGUAGUAUGGAUGAACCAGAGUCGUGAGAACUCUGGUCUCCAUGACCCACUAGGGAAGCUGUAUCCAAGGUCAUGGAAUCCGUAACCAUCGUUUGUGAAGUUUUUGCAUUUGCUGAAGACGCACCUGGUCAUUUUAAAGAUUAUACAAAACCCAACAUGGGUUUUUUCAGUUUUCUUGUCCAUUUAUUAUUAUGGUGUCUGUACAUAGAAAGAUAAACAGAGGAAUUUUUUGUUUUGUACAUAUUUAGGUUUUCAGUUAUGUGCUAGGUAUGAAACGAGGAUACUCCAGCUACCUACCUUUUUCAUUUGAAUCUUACAUUUUGUCUUUUCACUUAAA